AUGCCGCCCGCCGAGGACGCCUCCGCUGCCGCCCCCCCGCAGGCGCCGACUCCGCCUCGCGCCCGUGGGAUGGCGGUCGGCUCGAGGCUGCUGCUGCAGUCGCCGCCGCCUGCGUUCCCGCUCGGCUCCAACGACGACCAGCUCGAGCGCGCUCGCGCUCGCGCCAUGGCCCGCGCCGCCUCCGUCCGUCGACGCUCCCUUGCCGCAUCUCUCGCGCCCAAGACCCCGCACCCCAACCUCCUCAACCGGGACGAGGUCAUGGACCUAUUCCAUAACUGCAUCAAACUCGCCUCGGAGAACGUACCUGCCUCACCCACCGUCAAAACCCUACAUCGCUCCUGGAUCUUACUAAGCUUUUUUUCUUCUUCUCUAUCCGUGGAAAUUUGGCAGAAAAUCAACCAGAAGAAUACGUGGGAGCUGGGGCUCAUCGACCACCUCAGCGAGAUCAUCCAUGCCGGGGAGGAGGAGGACGACGAGACCAACUUCCAGAAAGCUAGCUGCACGCUAGAGGCUGGCGUCAAGAUCUAUUCUCUGCGUGUGGAUUCGGUGCACUCUGAGGCGUACAAGGUGCUCGGUGGUAUCAACCGCGCAGGAAGGGGGGAAGAGACUGAUUUGGGAGAAGGUGGCGAUGCAGAGCCUGCACAAGAAGAAGGCGUCAACAAAAAGGAUGAUGAUAGGAGGAUUUCACCUGCUUCGACGCUGGAGUCCUCGUUUGAGGCUCUUAAUGUGAAGAAGUUUGAUGCUGCCUUCACGGUGGAUCCUCUAUACCAUCAGACCACUGCUCAGUUUGAUGAAGGUGGAGCAAAGGGGCUCUUAUUGUAUAAUCUUGGAGUAUAUGGCAGUUGUUGUGUGCUUUUUGAUUCGUUUGAAGCGCCAGACAAAUGCAUCUUAUCUGAUCCUGAGAAGGCUGAGGUGAUUGAUCUUUCAUUUGCUAAAGAACAAAUUGAGCAAAUGAUAGUUCACAUGCCUCUAUCCAAUGACAUCUCUCCUACCUUGAGGGAUAUCGUGGCUCAGUUUGAUGAAGAGAAUAAAAGGCCAUCACAUGAUGCAUCUUCCGGGCAAAUGCUGGUGAUGGAAGAUCAGGUGGUUGACAGUAAUGAUGACAGCAUGCCACCUGAUUGUGGAACUUGGGAUUUUGGUGGUUGUGAUGAUCAGGACAGUGCAUAUGAUGAAAACUGCAACCCAAUGAAUUUCAACUCAACAAACUAUGAAGAGGGAACCGAUGACUAUGAGUACACUUUCCAGGGUCCAGACGGUCCUGAUGUGGAUGAAAGGCUCGAGAAAAUUGCAGAUUUGUUGUCACUCGGUGCGGGAUUCUCUUCCAAAACAAAUGCUUGGGCUGGACCCGAGCAUUGGAAAUAUCGAAAACUUAGAGAUCUGGAGCCUGCCCAAACUUCUUCUGGUGAUUUGGAAGUAGCAAAAAAGUCAAAGAAGAAGAAAGGCAAACAGGAGCCUGAUAUUGAUUUCACCAAAGCAUUGGAACAUGAGAAGGCAAAUGUUUUUGCACCUCCCAAGAACCCAAAAUCAUUGUUGCUGCCUGCAAAUAAGGGUAGCUGCAACAAUAAACUUCCAGAGGAUUGUCAUUACCAACCCGAAAGCCUUGUUAAAUUAUUUCUUCUUCCAGAUAUUUUGUGUCUGGCUCAGAGAAGAAGAAAACCACUUGAUGAUUCAAGGGACAACAGCGAUGACUUUAUGCCAUCCAGACCUUGGGACAAUGAUGACCUGGGCAAUGAUCAUGUUGAUGAAGGGGAUGCGGCUAGUGAUGUGGAAGAGCCAGUAAAUCUUAUUGCCAAACCAAGACAGGUCAAUAAGAUCGAUGUACAAUAUGACAAGGUAUCGAAACAAGUCGAUGUUCAUGCAUUAAAGGAAUUGCUCUGGAAUCACAUUCAUACAUCUGCUAAGACUGCUGAUCUGGAAAGAGAUGGCAUAGAACCGUCUCUGUGCCUGACGAAGGUACUGCAUGAUCUUCCAUGCAGUAACAGAGAUGUUUCAACGACUGAAAUCUCGCCACACCUCUAUUUCAUUUGUCUCUUGCAUCUGGCAAAUGAACACAGCUUGACGCUGCGCGACCGCCCGACGCUGGAUGAGGUCGACAUAUACAUUCUGAUUUCACCGCUUGUGAAGUAA